AUGGCGUCCUCCCGAGGAAUAUACGCCCAUCUAGCUCUCUGCGUCCUCUUCUCCACAGAUGUUACUCAAUCGGAAUCGAGAGAAUUGCGACCCUCCGAUCACGGGCUGCAAUUCCAGGAUCCGCCGCCAGCCGGAGAGAAGCUGCCCCAGGAGAUGGCGUCCUUCUUUGGGGGGUCUCCGUUAUCGCCUUCUUCUUCAAAUCCGUCCGUGUUGCCGCUCCUGAACGGGACGAAUUCGAGCGACGACCCAUGGUGGCGAGGAGCAGGAUAUGGCGGCGGCGAGGGAGGAAGAGGGAGGAGAGAACACGUGAGAGGGGUGCUCUUGGUGGCGAGCAUCGUGUGCAGAAUCACUGGCGCCACUCUGUUGUUCGGUUCCGGGCUGGUUUUUCUCUUGAAGUUCCGAAAGCAGAGGUCGGCAGGGGCGGCAGCCCCACCACCACCUCCUCGUCCGCUCCAGCCACCGCUUCUGCUUCUGCCGUCGGCAUCCAGACAAUCGUGA